AUAAUCCCCUUACUUUCCCUUCCUAUUACUUCCAGUGACUUUGCAUAGAUAGAAAUAGCCCUCAUUAUUGAUCCUUUGUCUAUGAGCAGAUGGUGCCUCAUUCCAGUUGUAGCAAGAGCUGUCAGCCUGGGUUUGUCAAGGUGAUCCGGGAAGGAGAGCAGCUUUGCUGCUAUGAUUGCGCUCCCUGCAAGGAAGGGACAAUCUCUACCCAAGAAGAUGCAAAACAUUGCACCAAAUGUCCAGAAGACCAGCAUCCAAACAAGAAUCAAGAUAAAUGUGUUCCCAAAAUUAUCAACUUCCUGGCCUAUGAAAAACCCUUGGGAACAAUCCUGACUUCCUCUGCCCUAUUCUUGUGCUUAACCACCAUCUUUGUGCUAGGAGUUUUCAUUAAAUACAAGGAAACUCCCAUAGUCAAAGCCAACAACCGGGACCUCUCUUACAUCCUCCUUGUCUCUCUCCUUCUCUCCUAUUUAACCUCCUUCCUCUUCAUCGGCCGGCCAAGGAAAGAGACCUGCCUCUUUCAACAAAUGGCCUUCAGCAUCACCUUCUCUGUUGCCAUCUCUUCCGUCUUGGCAAAAACCAUCACUGUGGUUCUGGCCUUCCUGGCCACAAAGCCAGGGAACAGGGUGAGGAGAUGGCUGGGGAAGAGUUUGGCCAACUCCAUUGUCAUUUCCUGUUCCUGUGUCCAAGUUGUCAUCUGCAUGAUGUGGCUGGGGAUCUCGCCACCAUUCCCAGACUCUGACAUGCACUCCCAGCCUGGAGAGAUCAUCCUGCAGUGCAAUGAAGGGUCUGCUGCCAUGUUUUACAUUGCCCUUGGCUAUAUGGGCUUCCUGGCUGCCAUCUGCUUCACGGUGGCUUUCCUAGCCAGGAAACUUCCUGGGGCCUUCAAUGAAGCCAAGCUGAUCACCUUCAGCAUGCUGGUCUUCUGCAAUGUUUGGGUGUCCUUUGUGCCUACUUACCUAAGCACCAAGGGGAAAUACAUGGUAGCCGUGCAGGUCUUCUCUAUGUUGGCCUCCAGUGCUGGGCUCCUGGGCUGCAUCUUCAUUCCUAAGUGCUACAUUAUUAUACUCAGGCCUAACUUGAAUAUAAAGGAUAAUCUGACAACAAAACUAAAGAUGGCAUCUGAUUCUUAG